CGCCUCCGCCGUUCUCUCAGCGCCGGGGAUGAAGUGGCGCAGGCGCUCGCGCGGGACGGGAGCAGAUGAAGAGCUGCGCGCGCUCUGAUACCCACAGCGGCUUUGCUGAGGUGGAGCGAAAUAAGGAGGGGUUUUUUAGUUCGGAUUUAGGAAUAUCCAGUGAGGACAAACUUGACUGUUCUUUGAGCUUCUUGAACACCGCUUCUGAGGGACGAAGCGUCGAAAAGAGCAGCCAUUCCACUCCACUUUGCUAGGAAGAGCAAUGAGAGCCAUCUGGCUGGGAUUUAUCUGCCUGGCUGCUGCUGCUGUUUACACCGCUGACAGCGCGCGGUCUGGUCUAGAGACCUCAAUAGGACAGGGGAAGACUGCGAUCCCACCACACAAUGAGUCUGGCUUGUGGCUGGUAUAUGACUUAGAACGGCGACAUGCUCUAUGAAGCUGGACCAUCUUUGUGGGAGUGCUUUCUUGAGAAGCACAGCUUCUGGCAGAUGCUUGAGGGACGUCUUUGGAAUCAAUGUCACUUGUUGACCUCCUUCUUGGUUGAGAUUCAGCACUGCUUUUUGUAAAGGAGUUGAAAGAAGGUAAGAUGUUUUUAGAAGUAGGGGUAGAGGUGCUCGGAUUGGAGACAGUCUCUGAAUUUGGGGAAGCUAUAACUUCAAUGAUGUCUGAAAAUGUUUCUAGAUUACUAGUCUUAUGAUCUGUAAGAACAUCUUCCCCAUUUUGUUGGUCACCUUCCCUUCCAUUGUUCAGAGAUAGAUCACAUGGCCUAAGAUUUUCAUUGACUUCAAUUUUUUAUUUCUGAUACAUCACCUUCUGUUAAGUGGAAUGAAUCAGUGUUUUUGCUUUGUGACAGUUCCAAAGUUGCCACAGUGUUAGAUACUUCCAGAUCUGUAUUCCCAAGUGACAUAUGCUCAGAUGGGAUUACUGAAUAGGAUACAGACUGGAGGUAAUUUUCCAGUGAAUACUGUUCUCUGUUUGGUAGUAUGUUACAGUCCAGGCCCAACUUAGUGACUCGAGCUGCCUGUUCUCUCUCAUGUUGGGCCAUCCUCUUCAUCUCCUCUCUCUCCUCUCGCUGCCAAAUCAUAAUAGGUCUAGAGACCUCAGUAGGACAGGGGAAGACUGUGAUCCCACCACACAAUGAAUCUGGCUUGUGGCUGGCAUAUGAUUCUGACUUAGAACGGUGACAUAUUCUAUGAAGCUGGACCGUCUUUGUGGGAGUGCUUUCUUGAGAAGCACAGCUUCUGGCAGAUGCUUGAGGGACGUCUUUGGAAUCGAUGUCACUUGUUGACCUCCUUCUCCUUCGUGGUUGAGAUUCAGCACUGCUUUUUAUAAAGGAGCUGAAAGAAGGUAAGAUGUUUUUAGAAGUGGGGGUAGAGAUGUUGGGAUUGGAGACAGUCUCUGAAUUUGGGGAAGCUAUAACUUCACUGAUGUCUGAAAAUGUUUCUAGAUUACUGGUAUUAAGAUCUGUAAGAACAUCUCCAUUUUGUUGGUCACCUUCCCUUCCAUUGUUCAGAGAUAGAUCACAUGGCCUAAGAUUUUCAUUGACUUCAAUUUUUUAUUUCUGAUACAUCACCUUCUGUUAAGUGGAAUGAAUCAGUGUUUUUGCUUUGUGACAGUUCCAAAGUUGCCACAGUGUUAGAUACUUCCAGAUCUGUAUUCCCAAGUGACAUAUGCUCAGAUGGGAUUACUGAAUAGGAUACAGACUGGAGGUAAUUUUCCAGUGAAUACUGUUCUCUGUUUGGUAGUAUGUUACAGUCCAGGCCCAACUUAGUGACUCGAGCUGCCUGUUCUCUCUCAUGUUGGGCCAUCCUCUUCAUCUCCUCUCUCUCCUCUCGCUGCCAAAUCAUAAUAGGUCUAGAGACCUCAGUAGGACAGGGGAAGACUGUGAUCCCAUCACACAAUGAAUCUGGCUUGUGGCUGGCAUAUGAUUCUGACUUAGAACGGCGACAUACUGUAUGAAGCUGGACCAUCUUUGUGGGAGUGCUUUCUUGAGAAGCACAUCUUCUGGCAGAUGCUUGAGGGACGUCUUUGGAAUCGAUGUCACUUGUUGACCUCCUUCUCCUUCGUGGUUGAGAUUCAGCACUGCUUUUUAUAAAGGAGCUGAAAGAAGGCACUUCCAGGUCAAUAUUCCCAAGUGACAUAUGCUCAGAUGGGAUUACUGAAUAGGAUACAGACUGGAGGUCUAGAGACCUCAGUAGGACAGGGGAAGACUGUGAUCCCACCACACAAUGAAUCUGGCUUGUGGCUGGCAUAUGAUUCUGACUUAGAACGGCAACAUACUGUAUGAAGCUGGACCAUCUUUGUGGGAGUGCUUUCUUGAGAAGCACAUCUUCUGGCAGAUGCUUGAGGGACGUCUUUGGAAUCGAUGUCACUUGUUGACCUCCUUCUCCUUCGUGGUUGAGAUUCAGCACUGCUUUUUGUAAAGGAGUUGAAAGAAGUGGAACCUCCUGAGUGCAGUCAAGGGGGUCACAUGGUUUUGCAGAACCCGUACCGGAGCACAAGCUUUAGCUCUCAGCAGCUUCCCCAGUCUGGCCGGCAGGAGAAGCUCAUCUGUGACCACUCACUGACACCUGGCUGGUAUAAGUUCCAGAUCUUUGAUAAACCAGCUCAAAUGCCCACCAAGUGUGUGGAGGUGAAUCACUGUGGUACCCAAGCUCCAGUGUGGCUCUCUCUAGCUGAAGGGGAGACCCUCCCGCACCCCCUGGAGGUUAAGAAGCUAACUGCUUGUGCUACCUGGCAGUUGUUCAGUGGACCCAGUAAGGAGUGCUGUCUGUUUCGAAUGCCUGUCUCCGUGCGUAACUGCGGGCAAUUCUAUGUGUAUCAGCUCCGGCCUACUCAGGGAUGUAUGGCCUACUGUGCUGAGGAAAUGUCCGAUUCCAUUGAACCAAUCUGUGAACCAGAGCACAGGAGCAGAGAUGGAAGUUGCAACGAUAAGCAACCUCCAUCUCUAUCAGUACCAGAGAUCGUGGCUGAGCUCUCAGGCCCCAGUGUGCUUUUGAAGUGUACGUUUGAUGGCCAUAGUGGGAACAGCUCUCUAGGAUUUGUGGUGACAUGGUGGCGUCUUUCCCCAAAUGGAAACAAAGAGGAACUCAGGCAGGAGACAACCUUACAGACUUCAGCCUUUAUCGAGCUGGAUGGUAUCAACCUACGGCUUGGCGACAGGAUCUACUGCAGUUGCUCCAGUUUCUUUCUAGAUGCCCCAGACAGACGGAGUCAUGCGGCGGAGAGUGAGGAGUUCUUUGCAGGGAUUCGACUGCAGCCCAAACUUUCCUCCAUCUUAGAGGAUGGAAAGGAGCAUGAGCUGGUCAUAGAGAGCACUGUUCCCGUACCCUGUCGUUCAGAGACAUGUACUCUUCCAUUACAGCUCAGCACCAGCAGCCAAGAUGAGGAAGUGCUGGGUCCUGAUCUGGUUCUGUCCUCCUGUGAGGUGAAGCUGUCUCAUGCUCCCUGCCAUGAGGGAGUGUGCAGCCAGGUGCUGCUUCACUACAGCGCGGUGACCGAUAUCAGCAAGGAUGGAGACAGAAGCACUGAGAUUUCCGUCAAACCUAUAGUCAGCACCGAUUUCCUUUGGAAUGGAUAUACACCAGAAAGUGUGCAGAUCAUCGUAAAGGAUAUCCUACCUGCUUAUUGUUACAUUUUCACUGAUCCUCACAUCAUAACGUUUGAUGGCAGGAGGUAUGAUAACUUCCAUAUAGGCACAUUUGUGCUGUACAAGAGCACAAAUCGGCUGUUCGAAGUGCACGUGCGCCAGUGGGAGUGUGCUAGUAUAACAGCCCACCCCACGUCCUGUGUGUGUGGCUUUGCAGCCAGGGAUGGAGCCGAGGUCAUCUCCUUUGACAUGUGUAACGGAUUGGCUGGAGAAACAAAGCCACGCCUCGUAGUGAAGAAUGGAGACCUGGCAAAGAGCGGCAUUCGCAUCACUGAGUCUUAUCAGGGUCGCAAAGUCACUCUGACGUUCUCUUCAGGUGCGUUUGUGCGGGCGGAUGUAGCUGACUGGGGCAUGAGCCUGACUGUGAUGGCCCCCGGUUCUGAUCGGAGCCACACUGAGGGUCUUUGUGGAACCUUUGAUGGACAACCACUCAAUGACUACCACAGAGCAGGAGGGGAAACUUUAGAAGACAGCAUUUCCUUUAUUAACACAUGGAGGCUCGCACCAAGCAGCAGCUUUUUUGACAAAAUCCCAGCCUAUGAGAGCAGAAUGAGUAUCCGCCACUUCUGCCACUGUGAGAAAAAACCACGCCAAUCAAACCUUAGAGCUCGUCUUCCCUCCAGCUCUUUCCCCUGCUCUCAUUUGUCCCAUUUUCGCUCCCCUUCUAUAAUCCCUGCUCGGGACGUCACAGCAGAGUAUAUCAGACCCAUCAAGCAUUUCACAGAUAGUGCCAGAAACCAUCCCAAGGCGCAGCAAGAGGAUACUGGCACCCAGAAUAACAAUAGGAGUCGAGGGAGGCGCCAGAACCACAAACAAGCUCCGUCGUCCCAUGCCUAUCAGAGUGUAAGCCAGUCAGAGCCAGAGGGCUUUAACUAUUUCUUCCCUGAAGAUCAGGUUCUAUCCACCCAUCCUGAAUUACCAGCACCAACGUGGCCUACUGAGUCUGGCCUGACAGAGGCGGAUGCCCGGCGACUGUGUGGUGAUGCCUUGCGUAACUCCACUGUGGCGCUUGGCUGUGUUGGCCUGUUGGAUGAGGUGAUGGAGAAGGCAAUGGAGAUGUGUGUGAUAGACCAGCAGCUGAAGGAUGAAAGAGCCUGGCUGGGAGCCACUGUGCCCCUUCUGGAGAAUGAGUGUGAGAGGAGAGUGGUACAGGAAGAGGGGAGAAGGGAUGAGCUCCGGGACAUACUCGCCUUCCUUAGGUGCCCGAAUCUUUGCAGUGGCAAUGGACAAUGCACCGAGCGUGGCUGCAUGUGUUUUCCUGGGUUUGGCUCGUAUGACUGCAGCCAGGUCUCUGAUCAGACCCCAGAGAUCACUGAACUGGAAGGUGGAGGACUCUGUGAUGUUAAACACAGCUCCUGUUCCAAUGUCAAAGUUCUUGGGAAAGGCUUUAGGAACACAUCUGAGCUCAAAUGUGAAGUCAUGAAGGAGAAGACAAUAGAUGGUGAGUGGUCACUGGGUGAUCCUCUGAUGGUUCCUGCGUUGUUCCUCAGCUCCUCUGCCCUGCAGUGCCAGCUCCCUGUUGAAGAUGUGCAGUCUGCUGGUGUCCAUCACCCACCUGUCACUCGCUGGCAAAUCAAGGUUUCUAAUGAUGGCUACAGCUUCAGUAAUGCCAAGAUAUUCACACUGUUUGAUGGCACGUGUCAAGAUUGCACACUCAGCAGUGGGGUUCGGUGCACUUUAAAGAACAGCAGCUGUAGCAUUGAUGGUCAGUGUUAUGGAGAAAGUGAGCGCAGUCCCAGCAGCCCCUGUCUCAUCUGUCGACCUGAUCUCUCCAAGUACACCUGGUCCAUUAGUGAGAAAAACAAACCUCCCGUGUUUCAUUCAGAGCAAACCCACCUGCAGACAUUUUACGGGGAAAACUUUGUGUAUCAGUUUGUAUCAACUGAUCCAGAAGGUUCUGCUGUUCUAUUCACGCUGCUGUCUGGACCCAAAGAUGCUGUUCUCUCUCCUGCCGGCCUGCUCAUCUGGAAAGCCCUGUCAUCCUCCCCUGUGACCUUUGAACUGGCUGUGAUAGAUGACUGUAAUGCAGAGACACAGGCUAUUGUAAAGGUCUCAGUUCGCCACUGUGACUGCUAUCACGGAGCCUCAUGCGUGACCAACAUGAACUUCCCUCCUGGCAGCGGCGAGUAUCUGUGUGUCUGCCCAGCUGGUCUGGAGGGAGAGAGAUGUCAGGUUAAUGUGAAUGACUGCAAAUCUAACCCGUGUCAGAGGGGUGAAUGUGUGGAUGGCCUGAACACUUUCACAUGUCUCUGCCCAGCAGGUUUUACUGGUGUGAUGUGUGAGGAGGACGUUGAUGAGUGUGUGUCAGCUCCAUGCUUCCCUGGGGUGUCUUGUAAAAACACACUAGGGUCAUUUGUGUGUGGACCCUGUCCUGAUCACUUCACCGGGGACGGGAAAAACUGCAUCCCUGAUAUCAGACAUGCACAGACAUUAGGUAAAGCGAGACAGAGAGACCGUACAGAAGAUCAAGGAGUCAACCUCAGACAAUUCAAACCCAACCUCAGCCCAGCUCAGAGCCUGUGUUCCAGUCAACCCUGUUACCCAGGAGUCCUGUGCUUUGAGAGUGUGUAUACAUCUGCUGGAUAUAUCUGUGGUCCCUGUCCUCCAGGUCUCCAGGGCAACGGACAAACCUGCACAUCAAGACCAGAAAACAGGCUAACACCGGGCACUAGCGAAGGGGACAGACCUGAUGUCCUUUUCUCUUCAUCAUUCUCCACUUCCUCCUCAUCUCAGAAAUCCACAGAACCCUCUGUUAUAGCUGAGAGGCCUCUAUCCAACAAGAAGACACCAUCACUCAUUGAUAGAAAGACUUCUUUAAGCCCUGUUAACCAUGAUAACAGUCCUGCAACAGUUUCUGGUUCUGGAGGGCAGCUUCAUGAGGAGGACUCAGAGCCUGUGGUUGUUGAAGAUGGCAGGACUUGCAAUGACACUUCCUGUUUUCCUGGUGUGCCUUGUGAGCCUUCUGCCACUGGACACUUCAGGUGUGGCCGCUGUCCUAACGGAUACAGGGGGGAUGGAAUCACCUGUAAAGCCAUGUGUCGUUACCCGUGUGGUCAGAACAUGGAGUGCACUCUGCCUAACACAUGCACCUGUAAAGAAGGAUACACUGGAUAUAACUGCCACAUUGCUGUUUGUCGUCCUGACUGCAAGAACAGAGGGAGGUGUGUAAAGCCCAACGUGUGCGAGUGUCCUACAGGCUACAGUGGACCAACCUGUGAGGAAGCUACAUGUGAUCCGCCGUGUCAAAAUGGAGGCAGCUGCUUGUCCAGAAACCUGUGCACCUGCUCCUAUGGCUAUGUGGGGCCACGGUGUGAAAUUAUGGUGUGUACCCGGCACUGUGAGAACGGUGGGGAAUGUGUAUCUCCUGAAGUGUGUAAGUGCAAGCCUGGCUGGUAUGGACCAACUUGUAACUCAGCUGAAUGUAAGCCUGUGUGUCUGAAUGGUGGCACCUGCAUCAAGCCUAACAUCUGUGCAUGUCCUAGUGGCUUCUAUGGAUCACAGUGCCAGAUAGCUGUGUGCAACCCUCCCUGUAAAAACCGCGGUCAGUGCAUGAGGAACAAUGUGUGCUCCUGUCCUGAAGGCUACACUGGCAACAGAUGUCAAAUGAGUGUGUGUGAUCCAAUGUGCAUGAAUAAAGGAAAGUGUGUGGGUCCAAACACCUGUUCCUGUGCUUCUGGCUGGCGGGGGAAGAUCUGUGAUGUCCCGGUUUGCUUACAGAAGUGUAAAAAUGGAGGAGAGUGUGUGGGACCCAACACGUGUCACUGCCCUGCUGGAUGGGAAGGCUUACAGUGCCAGACUCCCAUCUGCAAGCACAAGUGCCAGAAUGGAGGAAAGUGUGUGUUUCCAAACUUCUGUCAGUGUCGCCCAGGAUACACAGGAUCGACCUGCGCUGCCAGAACCAGAUGAUGAAAGAAGAACAGGAUCCCAGAAACAUAUGAGGUGAUGGUUUUAUAGACAGUGUCUAUACCCACCUCAGACAAAGUCCACAGGAGUGAAUAUGUGUGUGAGAGAGAGAGUCCAUGUCUUUAAGUGUAUGUAACUGUUUAUAUGUUUCUGAAUGUGUAUCUCAGGCAGCAGCCAAGAAAAGAAUGAUUAACACUUGAAAUUUUGCUUUUUGCUAUGAUCACACAUCUAAUUCUGUAGAUUUACUCUGCUCUGUUUUGUCACUAGGUGAGUGCACUCAACAAAGUGUGUCUGCCAAGUGUACUUCUCUUGAGUGUAUUAUCUUAUUCUCCAUUUUCAGCUGUUAAAGUCGUCAGUUUUUUAAGCCGUAUAAUGCACACUGUAUAAGAGAAGCGUAAGGACGUAUAUGUGUGAGAGCACACGGUGUUUUUACAGCUAACAGUGACCUGUAACAAACUGAUGAGCUUUUCCUUUAUACAGGUACAUUUCUUAAAGAAAUUAAUGGAACAAUCUUUAUUUUACUGUGAAAUUUGUUUUAUUUUGUAAAACAUUAGUUUUAGAGAAAUAUAUUCUGUUUUAGGUUUAUUUGAUGUAUAUGUACUUUAUAUUGGAAUAUAAUAAAUGU